GGCGGAGCCGAGCCGCGGGCCGGGGUUGGGGCGGGCAGAGCGCCACAGACCUGGACGCCGCUCUGACCGCCCAGUUCACACUGCCUGGUCUGGCGCGGGCCCCGUAGGGGACCCCCAGCGGCUAUCUCGAUGGGGCUGUGUUUUCCCUGUCCGGGGGGGUCCGCCCCUCCCUCGCCGGACCUGGAAGAGAAAAGAGCAAAGCUUGCAGAGGCUGCAGAGAGAAGACAGAAGGAGGCUGCAUCUCGGGGCAUUUUGGAUGUUCGGUCUGUGGAAGAAAAGAGAAAGAAAAAAGAAAAAAUAGAAAAACAAAUUGCUACAUCUGGCCCCCCACCAGAAGGUGGACUGAGAUGGACAGUUUCAUAAAGUGUAACACGAGUGGAAGAGUCUACUGCCAAUAACAUCUCUGCAAUCAAGUGGUUGCCCUCCGUAUAACUUCUCUGAAUAAAUGAUGAUUCAGGCUUUGUAAUUUUAGUGCCCUUACAUGUAGUGCUUUUUCAAUAUUGAAAUGUUGAAAAUGCUUUUGAUAUUCAAACUUAGAAAAUGGCCAGGCGUUUCAUUAAAUGCUAUUUUCCUAAAUUGCUCUUCUGUUGGUAGUGGGUGAUUUGUCAUUUUUUUAGCAGUUAAACAUGGACCUAAAUAGUGAAAAUAUAUAUAUAUGUAUAUGUAUAUAUAUAUUUACAUUGCAUGUAAAAAUGCUGUAUAUGUCUCAAGUAAUAAAGUUUGCAAUUGUAUUUUCCCUCCUUUAUAAAAGAUCUAGCUAUUUAUAGUUUGCUACUUAGCCUUUUAGCUCUUUAUUUCAUUAUAUAUGAAGACUUGCUUAAACUUAGCGACUUAGUGCCUUUAAACUGAUCAUCAGGGAAAACACUGAAAAAUCACUUGAAGGGCUUAUGUGAAGGAACACUGUAAAUUUUUAUAACUUACUAAGUAAUGAAUGUUUAGAAAAUGUUGAAUUUCUAAUUUAUUUUCUAUGUCUGUAGCUUAUAAAAUCAACUUUCUGUGUUUUACAAUAAAGUUUAUUUUUGCUUGCUGAAUUUAAAAUUAUAUAUUAGUAGUACCAUCAGAGGGCAGUGAUGUUCUAUUGUACAAUAUCAGAUUUGGCUCUGUUAAAGAUCUUUAUAGUAACUAGUUAAACUAAGAAUCUGGAGGGUUAUUCUGAAUGGUAAUCUGUCCAAAUUUCAUAGGUAUUUUCUUUUGUAUUUUUUAAAGAAUACCAGAAGGUUUAUGCAGAUGGAAAUUACCAACCCGUAUAAAUAUAUGAAAGAAAAAAACACAGAGGUACUAUAUUUAAAAAGGUAUAAACAUAUUAGGUAAUUCUAUUUGAUGCAUAGUCAUAAACUAUUUAGCUUUUUGUUCAUUAGUAACAUGAGUUUUAUAGCAUUUUUGUUUUUUGAGGGUUUUGUUUUUUUUUUAGUAUGUAAGUUAAAAUAGAAGAAUUGCUAUAUAUUUUAAUUUGGUUGCUAAUUCUUUAAAAUGACAAGGCCACAAUCUGAGCCCCAAAUGAGAAUGUGCAGAUAUUAAGUGCCAAUAGGGACUGUAAGUUAAAUAGACCAGCUUAUUUAUUUAACAGAAGCAAAACUGAGCCACUAUCUUCUCUAUCCCUCCCAUAAGACUUGUGUUAUAUUGCAAUAUAUUGUAUAUAUUAGUUUUAAAGAGUUUGAACUAUAAUACAGGUCUCUCAACUACUUGUUGGAAAAUUACUUUAUUAUGGCAUGAACUAUUCUAUGAAUAUCCAGGCAAGACGUAGAAUUAGGAUCAAUUUUUUUCAUCCUUAUGAAAGUAUGUGGUAUUUUGUUUAUAAAGGAUAGUGAGAUCAUUGAAAUGUAUUUUAAAAAUAAAAUUUUUGACAUAAUCAACAUGAUUAAUUUUUCCAAGGCAGAAAGGAAAACAGGAUCAUUAAUAGUUGAGUGGACAUAGAACCAGAGCAUACCAUUCUUGAACUGUAUAAAUCCUUUAUGUUUUAAUGUAGAAGAGUUUUAUCUGUACCACAUCUUAAAUUACAACUUGGGUUGGUGUAAGCAAAGGUUUAUAUCCAGAGGAUAAUGUCCUCUUUCUAAUAGCAAUUUCAUAUCCAAAUACCAUGCUAAGUUACUACUGAAUCAUGAAUGAUAAGCUGGAGUAUUGCCUUUUGGGAACAGUAGGAUAUGCUGCUCCAGUCCACUAUAACUUACCUGCAUGGCUGUGAUCAAUUUUCUCCAAAAUCACAUGGGUUGCAUGGGCUAAGGGGUGAUGCUCAAAUGUCAAGAACAAUACUAGAAGGGGUAAGAGAAAAAGGGAAACUAGGGAUAUAGGAAACCAGUAAGUGACUACGAAAUAGAGCUAUAUAUCUAUAUUUAUAGAUACCUAUAUUUAUAGAUUAAUAUAGAUAUAUC